UACUGGAAGAUAAUACAAAUUCCAAAUCAAAAAUUUAUACAAAUAAAAAGAAUAAACAAAAAGCCUUAAGAGUUUUAUUUUUUGUGAAAUAAAUCUGAAAAGAAAUUAAAGAAAAACAAACGUUUUCAACUACAUACAAAAAAAGAGGAAACACGUCAAGCACGCUUUUUUAUUUUUUGGCUGUUGGUGAUUUUUUUUAAUAUCGUAUGUCCAUCCAGAAUUUAAAUACAUUCGACCCCUUUGCUGAUGCAAUCAAGGGUGCUGAUGAUGAUGUUCAAGACGGACUUGUACAUAUAAGAAUUCAGCAGCGUAAUGGUCGCAAAACAUUAACUACCGUACAAGGUUUAUCUGCAGAGUAUGACCUGAAAAAAAUUGUGCGAUCAUGUAAAAAGGAAUUUGCAUGCAAUGGCACAGUAAUUGAACAUCCCGAAUACGGAGAGGUUUUGCAACUCCAGGGAGAUCAACGCGAAAACAUUUGCCAAUGGUUGACAAAGGCUGGUCUUGCCAAGCCUGAUCAAUUAAAAGUUCACGGUUUUUAAGCCUCAUUACUACUACGACAACAGCAACAACAACAAACAAUACCGUAUAAAAAGAACAACAACAUUUAUAGUAUCAUUUGUUAAAAUAUUAAAAAAAGAAGGUAACAGAAGAGAAAGAAAAAAACAACCUCAACUAAAAAGGACGUUUGUAGUAUUUUAGUUUAAUUUUGUAAAGGAAAAAAUCACGAGAUAAAAACACAAAAACAACAAACUAAAAUUCUUUUUACGGAAAUAAAACAUCCCCUCUAAUCAGGCGAACAAAAAGUAAUAAAAAUAACCGUGUUACUAAAAUUUUUAAUAGCCCGUCGUCGUACUCAUCGUCAUUAUCAUCAUCAGCAGCAGUAGCGGUAAUAAAACCCCCCAACCAACCAAAUCAACAAUAAAAGCCCUCAGCAGAGAUUCAUUUUGCUUUGUCCUACAUUUGAAAUAUAAAAACACAUCUCUCUACUUGAAAAAUUCCCCCUUGGAAUUUAUUUUUUUAUUAGACAAUUUGAUUUUCAACACAAUAAAUACACAUCAUCAUAAUAAAUAGCAAAAGAAAACAAACAAAAAAACAACAAAUUUGUUUUACAUAAUUCAAACACAAUUAAAAAUUUUUUUACAAAAAAUUUUAUGAAAAAUCUUACUUAUAAAAAUAAACACAACAAAUAAAUAAUGUAACUGUUAAUUAUAUUUAAAUGCAAACUAAAACAAAAAAAUGUAAUUAAAAAUAAACAAAA